GGGGAGCGUAGGAAGGGCGGGGACCCGGAUGUGAGUGGUGGCGGCGGCCGAAGAGCUAGUGUGCGGAGCUGAGAGGCCUAUGGAUGAGGAGGACGCGGCGGCCCCGGUUUGUUCUCAUGAACAAGAUGGAUGACCUCAACCUGCACUACCGGUUUCUGAAUUGGCGCCGGCGGAUCCGGGAGAUUCGAGAGGUCCGGGCUUUCCGAUACCAGGAGCGGUUCAAGCACAUUCUUGUAGAUGGAGACACUUUGAGUUACCAUGGAAACUCUGGUGAAGUUGGCUGCUACGUGGCUUCUCGACCCCUGACCAAGGACAGCAAUUAUUUUGAGGUAUCUAUUGUGGACAGUGGGGUCCGGGGCACCAUUGCUGUGGGGCUGGUCCCUCAGUACUACAGCUUGGAUCACCAGCCUGGCUGGCUGCCCGACUCCGUGGCCUACCACGCUGAUGAUGGCAAGCUGUACAAUGGCCGAGCCAAGGGCCGCCAGUUUGGGUCAAAGUGCAACUCCGGGGACCGGAUUGGCUGUGGCAUUGAGCCUGUGUCCUUUGAUGUGCAGACUGCCCAGAUCUUCUUCACCAAAAAUGGGAAGCGGGUGGGCUCCACCAUCAUGCCCAUGUCCCCAGACGGGCUGUUCCCCGCAGUGGGCAUGCACUCCCUCGGUGAGGAGGUGCGGCUGCACCUCAAUGCGGAGCUGGGCCGCGAGGACGACAGUGUCAUGAUGGUGGACAGUUACGAGGAUGAGUGGGGCCGGCUGCACGAUGUCCGAGUCUGCGGAACUCUGCUGGAGUACUUGGGCAAGGGCAAGAGCAUCGUGGACGUGGGGCUGGCCCAGGCCCGGCACCCGCUGAGCACCCGUAGCCACUACUUCGAGGUGGAGAUUGUGGACCCUGGAGAGAAAUGCUACAUCGCCUUGGGGCUGGCCCGGAAGGACUAUCCCAAGAACAGGCACCCUGGCUGGAGCAGGGGGUCUGUGGCUUAUCAUGCAGAUGACGGGAAGAUCUUCCAUGGCAGUGGCGUGGGGGACCCCUUUGGGCCACGCUGUUACAAAGGGGACAUUAUGGGCUGUGGAAUCAUGUUCCCCCGGGACUACAUUCUGGACAGUGAGGGUGACAGUGAUGACAGUUGUGACACAGUGAUCCUGUCCCCAACUGCUCGGGCCAUCCGGAAUGUCCGGAAUGUCAUGUACCUGCACCAGGAGGGGGAAGAGGAAGAGGAGGAAGAGGAGGAGGAGGAAGAUGGAGAAGAGAUAGAGCCAGAGCACGAGGGCAAGAAGGUGGUGGUUUUCUUCACUCGGAAUGGCAAGAUCAUCGGGAAGAAGGAUGCUGUUGUACCCUCUGGGGGCUUCUUCCCCACCAUUGGAAUGCUGAGCUGUGGGGAGAAAGUCAAAGUGGAUCUGCAUCCCUUGAGUGGCUAGAGGCUUCUGCCCUAGACCUGCCCCUUCUCCCUCUCCUCACCCUUUGCAGGACCAGGUACCCAGUGCCUGAGUUUCCCGAGGAUUUGCUUACCCAGCGGGUCCCAUGAGGUGCAUAGUCACUCUGCCCCUGCCACACCAGGCCCCUGCCAAGCUCCUCGGUGCCCACAUUUCUGACCUGGUGCCGCCCCUGUCAUCAGGCCCUGGGACCCAGUCCAUGGCUGGACAGGAACAGGCCCAAAGAAGGGUGUUGCUGUACCAAUGGGUCCCCCUUGCUUUGGCCAGUGGGCUCCCACAUCCCCUUUCCCCAGGGGCCCGCGUGAGUGGAGUGGAGUGAGCACCGUCUCAGCUGCUAUUUGGGCACGAGGCUCUGCAGAGGGGGGAGUAGAGACGCCCCUCUACCAUUUACCACAGUAUUUCUCCUUGCAUUCUGCUCUUUUUUGUUCCCUGUCCUCAUCGUGUGAACCAGUUGCUGCUGUUAUCUCCCCUGGCUGGGCUAGGGGGGUUCUCUUGGGCCCUCUGUUUCGUUUCACUGACUACCGUCCCAAGAAGACUCCUCCAGGGUCUCCGUUCUUUCCCGAGAGCCAGCUUUCCCCCUCACUGCCUGCUCAGGCCCCCCAGUCCCACAGAGUCGAAGUCUCCAGCUCCCGCAGCUGCGCACAGAGAUGGGCGCCCGUGACAGGUCUAGUGGAGUGAGAGGGGCUGCGAGGUGGGGGCCUGGGGCCCUGGCUCCUCUCCAGCCCCACCUCUGCUCACCCGUGGCACCCGUCCCUUGGUCCCUGGGAUGCAGGCUGAGACUGUGGAGCAUGUCUCUCCGGCCGUGGGGACAGCAAGACCUCGAGCCCUGGCCGAGUGUACCCAGGGGAAGGCUUGGCCCCUCACCCCCUGCCCCCCACCCCCCCAGCUUGCUGCCUGUUGUGCUUCAGUGUUGGAUUCUAGCACUUACCUGUAUCUUCCCCCCGAGCCCUCCUAUCUCCCACCGCUUGACCCCUGGCCUCUCCCCAUACAGUGACUUCUCCUGAGAGGAGGAGGGAGCAGGAGCUGUUGGCUUUGGUUUGCACAGACUGGGUAGGGCUUUGGGGAAAGGGGGUGAGCUGUUGUGCUGCUGGGGCCUCCCCUAUGGCCCUCCCUUCAGGCCCUGCACUAUGAUGUAAGAAAUGUAUGUACAGACCAGAGAUGUUUAUACAGCCAAUAAAGAUGGAGUUUCCGUAUUUAUUAGUA